CCUCUGUGCAGCGUGCCUCUUCAAGUACACUUUCAGCCGCUUCUGUCUCCACCAUAUAUGCUGCCAGACAGAUACCAGAUACCCUCGAGCAUCAACUAAGGAUAAUCUAAUAUCACUCACCAAUACCUAUCAGAUGUGGACUGCCAAGCGUGGAACAGCUCGAGCUGAGCGCACAGGAUCGAUACACUCAGUGGCCUCACUAUACGGCGGUCGCCCAGAGUCAGUGGCCUCCAAUCAAUCACUCUCGCAACAAAGAGAAUAUGACUCAGACCACUCGUCCGAGAUAGCCUUCGUUCAGGAACAGAUAGCGACAAGACCUCCGAGCAAGGUCGUCAUACCAGCAAUAUGGCAAUCGCGACCCGAAGGUCUGAAGCCCACUCCUCUCGCACAGCGACCAGCCAUGGAGGCAUGGAACGAGCCUAUCAAAGAAGAGCCUGUUGUCAGCGUCAUACCUCAAAUAUUACACACAACUCCUCAAAGUCAGUGGACAACAGACAACGAUAACGAGUCUCUUGCCUCGACACUUGACGGUGAAGAGCAGAUCCCGGAUUAUCCAGAAAAGACACCCACAUCGAUUCCGGUAAUGCUAUACGCCAACGAAGCAAACGACGAACCCCUCUCGCCCGCUCCAGCACCGCACAUUCCUGGUCCAUUGGAGUCUCAACUCGCUGCUCUGAUGUCAAAACUUAUCUACAUUGAGCGGUCAAACCCUGUCAUAUCAGUCGAGUCCGCCGAGUAUGAAGAGACGACGGCACGCCUGAAGAAGCUGGAAGCGGAGCACGAACAGCUUUGGAAGAGACACACGGCCAUCUGGACUCUGCGCGACGAGGAUCUCGAGAAUAACAUCAAGAUACGCGGCUUAUUGGCGAAGAAGGACCGUGACCUUGUUGCCAUGACGGCUCUUCGCGACGAGGAUCUGAUCAAUGUCCAGAUCGUACGGAACAAGCUUGCAGACAAGACACGCGAGGUCGAACGUCUGCAAUCCCAGACUGGAACCAGAAGUCCGACCCGCGGACGACCAGGAAGCUUCAUUGCCCGCACGGCCACCAACGAUCUCUUCGCGGCAGCCAAGUCAGCAGCACUCGAGCAGCGCGUGCUUGAGCUGGAGAAGAGGAACUCGGAUCUGGUUGCGCAAGUUGAUACUCUGAAGGGUGGUUCAAGCAUCGACGACCUCAACCGUAUGACGGCACACCAGGCUUGGAAGGAUCAUGUUGCAGAUCUUGAGGCUCAGGUCAAGGCCAAGGACGCUCAGCUGGUCCAACGGUCAGGUGGCAGCACGACUGAGAUGAAGCCAACAGCCAGUGAGUGGUCGAGGGUCGAAGCUAUCGUGCAGGAGCACGGCGCGUACCGAGAGAUGGUAGGAGGCAAGCUCCAAGCACUCCGAUCGGAGAAGGAGGCUCUUCAGAAGCUCCUGCACGCGAAAGAAGACGAGUGCCAUACAUUGGAACUUAGUGUACAGAACUUGAGAAGGCGUACGAUGGCUGUCUAGAGCUCCAAGGUGGUCAACGGCUACAUAGGGCUGGUGUUGUGGCUGGGAUGGUCUGUUAUUUCUUAGCUGGCGUACUAUGAGCGUUGAUGAUCUGGCUGAAACACAGCACACGCGUGGCUCAGGGAGCUACAAACCGAAUGA